ACUUUUCCUCUUUCCUUCUUCUUCAUCACAACAAUUUAAUUCUAAACCAAAAAAAUUUCUUUGAUUUUUUAUCUAUACACUUUUGUUAAAGAUCAAAACUGCAUGUUCAUAUAUUGAUAUUGAACUAAUAAUUUCUUUAAAUAUUAAUGUUUCAAAUAUUGGUUAGCAAUUUGGGAUUCUACUAAGGUUAUGAAAAAAGGUUGAUUUGUUGAAGAUAAAAAAAAUUGAAAAAUUAUUGCCAGAAUCUGAUUCUUCACUCAAAUUUAGCUCACUUACCUCAUCUUCAUCUGAAACUUCCGUUUAUCCUUAUUUUCCAGAUCUAAGUAUCGGAAUGAUCCGACAAUCAUGAAAAAGUUAUGGGAUGCUGCUAGUGUUAAAGGGAAGAAGACUAUUGUUGCUAGUUCAAAGGAAAAAAAUGAUGUUGUAAAAAGAGACCCAUUACCACAGGGGAUGAAAUACGUUAUCAAAACUGUUCUACCUCAUCCUUUGAGGUUUGGCAUUUCAUUCAAACAUAACUUUGCGACUGAUGUGGAAUACUAUGUGGGCAAAAAGUGCUAAAUAUGUUUAAGGAAACAUGCUUUGGUGUGUUUGUUGAUAUGCCUAAAUCAAAUUUUCAAGGUCAAAUAACCAAAUGUUUGUUGAUGCUUGAGUAUAAACAAGAUAACCCAAAUGAAUUCCAUGUUUAUGUCAAGGGAAUAGUUCUGAAAUUUAUGAUAUUUGAAUUUGCUCUCAUUAGUGGUCUGAAUUGCACCUCAAACAUUGAGGACUUUCAGUAUUCGACUUCAGAUGGCUCUGUUUUAAUGACAAAGUAUUUCCCAGUGGCAAAAAAUAGAAUAUCCAAAAAAAAAUUUGUUCAGUGGUAUAAGAUGGGAAAUUUUGACAAUGACCAGGAUGCAUUGCAGAUGACCAUAUUAUUUUUUAUUCAUGCAUUUUUGUUGUCUGAAAUUGAUGAUGCAGCUGUUAGUUAUAUAGAAUUCAAUAUGGUAGCGGAUGGUCGAUAUGAACAAUAUCCGUGGGAGAAGAUUUCCUUCAACAAGUUGAUGAACUCGUUGAGACAGGACUUUUUUGUUGAAAAGCAGCUUUAUCGGUUAGGAGGAAUGCCAUAUGUUCUCAACAUCUGGAUGUACAAAUGUUGUUCUGAAGUAGAUAAAGAUAUUGCUUGUCGUAUUGGUAAUGGUAUCCCGAGGAUAUGUAACUGGUUUGUUGUUGGAACAAAGCCUAAAUUCAAAAAGUUCAUGAAUGGAAUGUUUAGCAAGGUAAUUUCUAUUUAUUUUCAAUCUCUUUUUGUAGUUUGUGUUGCACACAUGGAAUUUUCUUUUAUGUUUUCAAUAUAUAUAUUCUUGUCAAUAUAUGAUUAAGCAUGUAACUUGUUUAUACUAUAGUAUAUAUGAUGAUCAGACAUCUUUCAUAUCAAUCCAUGCAACAAAAUAAACUUUUUUCACUGUUUCAUCAUACAUUACAGUACUCAUAUGAUACAUUCACAUACUUAACAGUAUAGUUUUUGGUAUACCACUACAUGUUAUAUAGAAUACUGAUACAUUAUUGCCAUUACAUUCAUAUCACUAUAUUUGUUAUUUUUUUCAAUCUUAAUUAUAGUAUGUGUACACCAACAUUAGUCCUACAGUUGAUGAGCUAAAAUGUCUUCAACUGCCAAAUCAUGAUGGAAUGGAUUUGAAAGAUUCUGUCAAUUCGACUUUGCCAUCCACAUCUUGUAGACAACUGAUAAAAGUUGAUCAGAAAGGUAAAAUGUCAGCUGGUUCAUUACUCUUGGAUGAUUUUGAUGAUUUUACUACACCACCGCCGGACUGUUAAAUAGGACAAAAGCCAAGUCUGCUAUAACUUUGGCACCGCCUUCAAAAAGAAGAAAGACAAACAUUAAGCAAAAGGAAUCGGUGACAGAUCAAGAAAAGAUUAAAUGUCACCCCUCUGUUAAAGAAGUCAAUAAAGCACCUUCUGGCACAUCAAACACAAUUACUGACCCAAUCAAUGAAGAAGCUCCAUAUGAACCAUCUUUAAUGGAUUUCGGCAAACAGACACCAAUAGCAGAACAAAACCAACCAGCUGUGGAAAGUGUGUGUGAGUCUACACAAAAAAAUAAUGUGUCUGGAGGAACAUACCAUGAACAAGUUUUGAUGAAAGUUGAUAUGAAUGCAAUUGAAUCAUUAGUCAAGACAUAUGUAAGUGCAACAUGAGUUUUAAAAAAAAAAUUGGCUUUAUUGACAUAACUAAUUUACUCUAUUAAACUUAUGCAGGUUGAUAAAUGAUUUGAUGACAUUGAAGCAUUAAUGAAAAAACAUCAUGAAGAAAUGAAAAAACAACAUGAAGAAAUGAUGUUAGCUAUGAAGGAGAACCAUGAUGCUCCACAAAAAGUUAUUAUUGAAACCGAUAGUCCAAAUAAAGAUGUGGAAAAGAAUGAGCCACAUGGUGAUGAUUUGGGAACUCCGAAAGAACAUCCAAAGGAUAUUCCAGAAAUGAAUGAUGAUGGAAAUGAUGUAUAUACUGGAGAUAAAAAGCGGGAUGAAAACCCUUCAAAUGAGUCUUCUCACAACUUUAAUUUUGAUGAUCCGGCUUUUCGGAGACAGACUAUUGAAGUUCAAAAUGUACAGAAGGAAAGUGAAACUGAGGUUAAGAAUGCUGCAUUUCAGCAUUCCAUUAAUAACACCAUAGAUGACUUUUCCUCACCGGUUAGUGCAAUACAAUCUGAAGAGCUUUUACAGAAAGAAAAUCUCCCUGAUCUCAUUUUACCAACAAAUAAUACUGGAGUUCAAAAUGAACUGCAGCUGUAUCUAACAAUUUGCAUUUUCCAAGUGUCCUGCACUGUGAUAUCAUUUGAAGCAUUUCAGGAAAUGAUAGAUAAUAUCAUAACUGACAUGUCUACACCAAUCAUUGCAGUGGCAGUAAACUCCGAAGAUUUUUCUAAAAAAGCCAAUCUUCCUGAUCCGUCCUUACAAACGGCCAAUGUUGAAGUUCCAAAUGAAAUGCGGGAGUUUACCAAUGUUAUUUCAACCGAUUCGUCUCAGGAAUCGAUAGAUAACAUUAUAGCUGGAAUUUCCACACCAGUUGUUGCAAUGAAAAUGAAGUCUGUUAGUCCCACUGAAAUGAACGACAAUGAAUGUCAAAUCCAUGGUGCUCGGUUUCAAUCAGAUCUUCCCGAAGUAGAAUUGGGUAAAUAG